GGCGUUUCCGGGUUGUGCUGUUCUGUGAUUGGCCAGUGAUUAAAUUUCCUUUGUAGUAAUUCAAUUCAACACAGUUGGACUCUAGGACGUUUGUUCUCUAAUGCCUACAAUACAAUAACUAAAAGCAACUGAACGCUUGAAAGAAAUGGCUAUAUCAGCUGAUCACCUUAGGGAUAAACUCACCAAGGAGCUGGCGGCAGUGCACGUGGAUGUGGAGGAUACCUCCUCCAACAGAUGUGCUACCAGCUUCAAAGUCCUGAUCGUGUCAUCCCAGUUCGAGGGGAAACCACUGCUGCAGAGACACAGGAUGGUGAAUGAGUGUCUCAGUGAGGAGCUGAAGGAGAUCCAUGCUUUUGAACAGAAGACCCUCACACCGGAACAGUGGGAGAACCAGAAGUCCUCGUGACGCAUGCAUACACACACACUCUGAGUCUGUGUUACUCCUACUGCUGGCCUUACAGUGUCUGUGUUCACUAAUCAGUAACUCACCAAAAUGGGUCAAAUAUGUAUAAACAUUCAUUGUUUUUAUUGUCAAAAAUAAAACCUGUUGCUCUGGAGUGAGUCACUUGA